UCUGGGCCGGCCCAAACGGCCCACGAGGGGCCGCGGCCCUUCUGGCAUCUGCCCAAAUGCCAGACCGUCCAGUCCGUCACUGUGCACCACUGCAGAAGAAGACGUUGUGUUUUUGAUGUGUUUGUGGACUAAGUUUGUGCACAGUAAAAGUGCAAGGAUACAAAGACAGAACCGACUGAUAUCUUAUUCAUGGACUGUUUUACAAGAUCACCUUUUCGCAUAAAGAUGAAGAUGACAAGAGUUCAGUCCUGCUGGAGUAGGGCCUUGGUCUGUGUUGUGGCCUUCCUCUUCAGCUGUGUGAUGUUCAAGAGGUACCACUAUGUGGUCGUCCCACUGGACUCCAAAUCAUCACCUUUCCACCAGACACACACACACCCUCUGUUGUCCAACAUAUUUAACAGUGGCACUCCCUCACCACCAGUGUCCCCCCCAUGCUCUGGCAAUGACAGCACAGAGGUCAUUCCAUCACACCUGCCCCAGUCAUACCAGGAAUUCUUACGCUACAGACAUUGCCGGACAUUCCCAAUCCUAUUGACCCCUUCACCUUGUGAGGAUGACCUCUAUCUACUGUUGGCCGUGAAGUCCACAGCUAUGCAUGUCGACCGCCGUGCUGCAGUGCGGAACACCUGGGGUCACGCAGGUAAAAUCCAGGGUCGACGAGUUAAGCUGGUCUUCCUGAUGGGCCGCUCACAUGACCUGGUGCAGGGUCACGACCUUCAGCCACUGCUGCAGAGGGAGAGCCAUCGCUAUGGGGACAUCUUGCAGUGGGACUUUGUGGACAAAUUCUUGAACCUGACCAGGAAGGAAGUAGGAUUCCUCAGUUGGUUCUCGCGUAUGUGCAACAGCACGCAAUUUGUGUUAAAGGGUGACGAUGACGUGUUUAUAAACACAGAGAAUCUGGUUGAGUUCCUGACAGACCACAAACCUGUGAAUCACCUGUUUGUAGGAUACAUCCAUGACCCUGAGUUGCCCAUCAGAGACAGAAACUCAAAGUAUUUUGUCCCUGUUGAGAUGUACCCAGCCGGUAAGCUCUAUCCACCCUUUCCGAGUGGCGGUGGAUAUCUGAUGUCACAGCAGACUAUGUUGAGACUGGAUGUGGCGGCCCAGAAGGUGAAGCUGUUCCCACUCGAUGAUGUCUUUUUGGGAUUGUGCUUGCAGAAAAUGGGUGUGAGCCUCACACACCAUAGAGGUUUUCUGACAUUUGGCUUCAGAAAUAAAAUAAAGCACCCCUGUGUAUAUCGUGAAAUCAUGCUGCUGCACAAGAUGAACCCAGUAGAGAUGCAGCUCAUGUGGUUGUUGAUGCAAGACAGUCCACCAUGUGGAAAUUGAAAGGAAACACUUUGAGCCUGUGGAAUGACAAAAAACUAAACUAAAACUAUAAAGUCUCAAAAAUGUCUUUAAACAGCCUAGGGGGGACAAAGUCUGGGAGGGAAUUUAAUUUGGCCAAUGAUAUCCUUUAGAAGAGAAAGUGUGACACAUAUAAAAUUAGCUGAAGACAGCAGGGUAGCCCUGUGUUCAGCCCCUCCUACAUUCUUGUCUAUCAGCAUGAGUAAUCUCAUUCAACCAAGGUUCAGAUUAAGAUUUAGUUCUCAUGGUUUUGAGGGAGCAACUAUAUCCAAGAUCUUUUUGGAAGUGGACUAAAGAAGUGAGAGAAUUAUUUACAGUCAAGGGGUGUGCUUAAAUGAGUCGCAGUAGCAUGUUUCAAAGCACUUGAGGAUUGGGUAGCAGACAGUGGAAGGAUUAAAGGAAAACUCCAGCGAUUUUUCACACAGAUCUCUGUUUCUCCAGGUCACCAAGUAGUAAAAAAACAACAACAACUAGAGCAGCUAGGGCAUCUUUAAAACCAUGCCCCCAGAGUGUAGCACUGUAGCUGUUUCCAUUUUUCUUUGUACAGACAGUACUCAGUAACCUUGAGAAACCGAGAUCUAUGUGAGA